AAAGAAAUCAGUUUCAGCCAACGAUAGAGUCCUGCGCGAGACAACAGUGCUGCUGUGAUAGACAUGUCGGAGUUUCUGGAAGAUCCGUCUGUGCUCACUAAAGAGAGGCUAAAAAGUGCACUCCAGGCCCAUAAUGUGGCUCUGCCGAACGGUGACCAGAGGAAGGACGUGUACGUGCAGCUGUACCUGAAGUAUCUGACCGCGCAAAACAAAAAGAGCAGCGGCUCUCAGGAUGUCUUCUCCAGCGACGAGGAGCUCCCUCCAGCUCCGGUGGUCUCCAACAAGAGCCGCUCCGGGAGGAAAGCCACUAGGAAAACAGACAGAGUUCGACCAGAGGAAAUCCAUGUGAACGAAUUGACCGACGAGGGUUUAAAAGACCUGUUAUUGAAGUACGGGGUGAAUGCCGGACCCAUUGUUGCGUCCACUCGGAAGGUCUAUGAGAAGAGGCUUCAAAAGUUGUUGGAUCAUGGACCCCCAGAAGCUGUGACCCCUCAUUCAGAAGCAUCACAGACAGAUGGCAGCCAGAACGGUAACACGGAUUCAGAACAGUACAGUGACAAAGAAGAAGAAAUAGUAGCACAGGCUCCGAUGCUUGUGCUGGAUCCUGAUCCAGAAGAGGUGGUUGAACCCAUCCCAGUCGUGGAGAAACCAAUCAGGAGUAGAGGGAAAACGCCAGUGACCACCAGAACACGCAGUGGGCAACACAACAAGGAGGAUAAGCAAGAGGACGAUUGGCCGGUCUUGAACAUUAAGAGAAAGUUGAAGACAUCAUCUCUGAGUCUGGAUCAGACUGUUCCCGCCAGUGACGACACCGAAAACUCUGAGGUCUCAUCUUCAGAGUUUUUUACUGAUGCCCAGGACAGGAGAAGGACGGGACCUGUGACUACAGGAAAGGAAUCCGGGCUUUUGUUCGCAGACAAAACAUCAAAGCUCUUUUCCAAGUCUGAAUCUCAGAAACGACGCAGUGCACCAGUUCGGUCAUUUCGCCCUGAUAUGAAUGAAGUACCAUCAAAUGUCAAGGAUUUCUCUGAUACCCCCAUAGUUAAGGGUGUAUCUAUUCCUUUGGUGCGGAUAAAAGCCAACACUUUGGCGGUCUCAAAGGAACCGAAACCUUCAAAGCACUCCUCUAUCUCCGAGUUCGACUGGUCAGAAUCACCCAAACGUCACAGCUCUCCUUUCCAGUCAGCGAAUUUGCAAAUGGACACUCCCAUUGAUAAGUUUGAUGAGAAUUCCACUGACAUCACUUCCCCUCCGAUUAGACCGUCCAAUCGUGAGCCGCUUGUUUCCCUGAUCAAUACUGCCUGUGUUGAGGUGGAUGACCACGGUGUGAAGGAUAUACUGAGCUGUAAAUAUACAAGCCGCUCUCCUGUGGCUUUAUCUCGGGAAGCCAAAUCUUUCACCCCAUCCAAGCUCUCAAAAAACAUCAACCCUCAUUUAAGUCAAAACCAACUUUCCAAACCCUUGACUGAGUCACUGCGUCGUUUUUCAUCACCUUAUGAGGACAAGAGAGAAGAUUUCCUAUCCUCCCCUUCUUUUAGGGAGUCUGCAUCCUGUAUGGCUUCAGGAGACUCUCUACUCGCCGUCUCUGUUAACCUUUCACAGGAGAGCUGUGUCUCACCAGAGACCCAGCCCAAGACAAAGCAGUCCAAAAUUACCCCUUUCCUCUCCCCAGUCACUCCUCUCCGAGGGUUUGAUAGCAUCCAGGCGGAAGCAAAGCAAGCUGCAAUGGUGGAAAAGGUAUCAGCAAUUGAUCACACCCCGAGGACGGUCGAGAAAGAUGUUCUUAAAGAAAUCUUUCCCAGUGAAAACCUCAACACACCAACUGGAAUCAGUGCAACCUGUCGGCGACCAAUCAGAGGAGCAGCCGGCCGGCCCUUCGACAAUUCGUGGUUGAACGAAUCUCGCCUCCGCUAUACCGGGUUGAGUGAAACCAGCACAUCUUACACCGAGACCCGAUCUGUUUCACAGGUGGCUGCCGUCCCGCUACCUGCUUCCAAACCUGUGGCGCCCUCUGCUGUGAAGAGCAGAGCACGACGUGGCCUGCCAGUAUGGGUUCAGCUCUUACUGCUCAGUGCAGUUGCCGGAUUCCUUUUCUUCGUGUAUCAGACCAUGGAAACUAAUGAGAGUGGACUUUUCAGGCAAAGUGGAGCUGACGAUAGCACCAGCAAAUGAAAAUCAACCAUUUUUCAUUUCUAUCUACCUAAGCAAACCUCCUUUGUUGAUUCAACAGCCAUCAAAUUUAUGGACAUGUACCUAUUCUCUUUGUAGAUUUGCAUAACAUUUCACAGCUGUUGAGUCACAUGCUCUGUUUGUACCUUUUUUCCAACUUGGUUAGAGGAAGGAAACAUUGGUUUUAAAGGGACAGGAGCAUUUAUUCCCACCUUUUUUGUGUGUGUAUGUGCGUGCGCGCCUGUGUGUGUGUGUGUGUUUGGUUUCAUUCGUACUUUAUUUGACGGAUUACUGACGGUGCUGUCCUUGAGGAGAUGAUGAGUUGGCUAUUUACAUCUAUUUUUUGUUUGUAAACAAUAUUUAGUGACUACCUGUGACAUUGCAUUUAUUUUCACAUGUAGCUCUUAAAGGUGCCGUAUUCAUCUUAACAUUGAUGCCUCUUCUAGUAUUUAUGUGUCUGUUUAAAAUACAAAUAUUUUCAAUAAAAUGUAUUUGCAAGGUA